AUGCAAUCGGCGGCGGAGAAGAUGAAGGAUGCGACAAGCAAAGCGAAAGAGAAGGUGAAGGAGUUCGCCGGGAAGGCGGAGGGGACAGCAGAGGCCGCCACGGCCCGGACGCCGGAGGAGCGAGCUGCCGCGAAGGAACGGGCCAAGGCGAGGGAGAAGGAGGCCGAGGCGGAGUAUCACGAGGAGAAGGCGGAGCACCGGGAGGAGGCCGCUGCAAAACACGGCAUCGCCGGCGUGCCCCUUGCCGGCACUGGACACCGUCACCACCGCCGCCCGGUGGGAACGCACCCAACUUAUCCAACGUCCGGCGGGAAGUACAUGUAA